UGCUAGGAAUGUAAUUUAAGAUUCAAACAUAGUGAAAAAUACAAUUUUAAAAUUUUUAAACGUACAACUAAACUAUUUUAUUGUCCCACUGUGUUACAAUUAAUUUCACCAACGUCAAGUUGGCAGCAGUCACGCGGUUUAUUUAAAAUUUUCAGUGUACAAGUCAAAAUUAUGGGUACGAGAGACCACCAAGAGUUCAAAAACGCUUUACGCGACAUAGCCCAACACGCACACAAAUUAGACAGCCCUUUCGAUCGUGUCCGAUGUGCUGAAUGGGUUCGAAAGUUAACAGGCCUUCCUGAUGAUAACCUCGAGGCUGCUAAAAUCCGCAACGAAUACGCCCAGUUUUUACGAAUCCAAGUUUGUAACGGUUUUCUCCACAUGCCGUUCCUCACGAAACCCCCUGUGAACCAUUUAAUCUCCCUCAGCGAACGAUUGGGCGACUUGAUGUCUAAACAAAUCCCAGAUUUGCCCAAAGCCGGACCCAUCGCACCCAUUAUCCACCACCGGAGCCCCGACGGACGCGCUUAUGUGUCCGCCAAACAGAUACCUGGCGGUGUUUUAUGCUAUUUAGCUGUAAGCCCGGACGGUUUAGGUUAAUAUAUUUAUUGAAUAAAAAAUAAUCCAAUACAAUUUAA